AAUAAUUCUAAAUAAAAUGAACUCCCACUCAAGAAAUAUUAUUGUCAGUGAAUUUCGUGAUACUUCACUCACAGAGACAUACAAAGAUCAGACAUCAAAGCAAACUACCCAAGUUGACCCCUCUUUUACUCCUAAAUAAGCAUAAUGCCACCAAGACAAGAAGGCUGAUUAACAUAGAUCAACGAAAGCUGACUCGAGGGUCAAGACCUAUUUCUAAAGAACUUAAAAAUUCAAAUUUAGAGUGAGAUUUAAAACCAAUAAGAGGAGAAUUUCUGUAUGAAAAUGAAGAAGCUACCAAAUCAGUGUCAAACCCUUCGUUCAACCCUCGAAUUUCUACAAGCAAUGCUAAGCGUAGCCAUUUCAGAUCAACAUCUCAGCCGAUAGAGCCUGAGCUUAUUAAAUAAAUGUCAUAAGCCAAACUUAAAUGCAUUUAAAUACUACAGACAAUCAUGAAAUCCAAUUUAUAUGGAAGAUGGUAAAGAAAAGAGAAAUAGGGCUUUUUACGGAUCAUUAAGAACAGCAAAGAAAGCUAUACAGAAUAGAAAACCUAGUGAAGUCAUAUCUUCAAAGCUCUUACCUCUAAAGUCUUGAAGAAGAAUCAGAAAACCUGCAACUAGGAGUUAUUCAAAUAAUAUAAGAAAUAAGAGGCAAGAUAGCACUAAGCAGCUCAAUCAAGAUCUCCUUUAUGACAAUAUAAACUUGAAUAAGAACAGAGUCAAAAGGAAGUCUUCACAGAGAUCCUCACAGAAGUCUCUCUCUAGAUUGUCAAAACCUAAUCCUAAAUCAAAUAACACAAAGUCUACCUUCUACAAUAGAAAAAGUAAUACAGCCAUGUAUACAGACCACUUUGUGCAUUCAGCCAACCAGAAGAUUGAAGAGUUUAAAUAAAGAUAAACGGAUCAUUGACGCUAUCAAGGAUUUUGUGCAGAAAAGAGGACUUAAGCAGAGAAAUAUUUCUGAUGAAGAAAUUAACUCAGAUAUUACCAAGAUUAGAGACUCUAAAGUGCUUAAUUAUAACAAGUAUAAUGAGCCAACGUUUCAUAUUCUUGAGAAUAUAACUAAAGCAAAACCUAUAUAUGCGAGCAAGGCUAAGCUAGAAGAUAACUCAAGGAACAAGCCUUGAAGUGUCAUAAAUCUGACUGAAUUCCAUAACAAUUCGAAUCAAAGUGGGAAUUCAUCGAAAAUUACCAGAUUUAAUAAUGAUGCAACCCCAUGCAGUAUUACGCCAAGCAUGAAGGAGUUAUACAGGCCAAAACUAAGUCUUCCAAUGGAUACAAAAGAGACUGAAGAACCCUUGCAAAAAUAUUGGAUGAGCAAACGAAGCGUCAAAAGUGGCUUCACUCAAAAAGUAUUCCAAGCUAUCAACACUACUAAGCAAGGCAUUUUUGUGUCUGGCUUCAGGGUGAACAAAUGAAGGCAAAAUAUGGCUCAGAAGAACAUCCGCAGACUCAAACUUGAUAAUUUAGAUCAUCCAAAUGAUUAAGCAUCUUAAGUUUUCCUGAGAAAUUCUAUAAUUAAA